AGCUGUAUAAUUGAAGAAAUCCAUGGCUUUCAGAUCCGACGACAGGGAGACAUGCCUACUGCAGUGUGCACGCCACCCGAGGGCCCCACGGCGCCACGUCACGGACAAUCCCGCGGCUCUCCCACACGGCACACACACUGCCAGCUGCAUCCCACUCAAACCCCCCUCCGAUACUCUCCGGCGGUUGCCGGAAGCACCAGGCCCGCCGGCGGGGACCGCCGCGAAUCCCUUUCCAGCCGCCAUGUUCAGCUCCUACUCCGCCGCCGCCUUCGCGCUGAGGGCAGCUAAGCCGUCCUUGCACGCCCAUUCCUCCUACUCGUACUCCUACCUCCCCUCCCACCACUGCCACCGCGACGACGCCGACGAGCACCACCGCCGCCACCACCACGAGCUCCUCCAGCAGAGCCCGUACCUCGCCCCACGCAUCCUGCUCGACGGCUGCCUGCUCCGCCACUCGGCCCACCUCCUGCUGCUCUCCGCGCGGCUCCGUCCCCCGCCGCCGACGCACCCGCAUCCGCCCCGAUGCUGCCGCCGGCGAGCGUCUGCGCGGUGCUGCUGCGUCGGCGGCGGCGUGAGGCCGGUGGCUGGACAAGUUUCGUGGCAGGUGGAGGCGCGCGGCUGCCGUUGCUGCGGCCGCGGCGCUGAGAGGCCGGAUCUUGCGGCGGUUUGCCGGCGAUUGGAGGCGGGCAGGUGCCUUUGCGGUGGCUCCGGAGGUGGGAGGUUGCUUGGAGCUGGCUGUGGACGGCGGGAUGCACCGAGGUUGGUAGGGAGGGCGGUACGGCAGGAGGUGUGGGAGUACGAGGGGGGCGAGUGGCCGCGCAGGAGGUAUUUGACGGAAUGCCAUGAUGAUUGGGAGGACGAAGAGGACUGUGAUCGUGGUCAGUUGGAGGUUGUGCGUUUAGUUAGGAGGAGAAGGGAAGAUGAUGAUGACGACGACGACGACGAUGUCUGUCGAUGUAGGGAUUGUGGUAGGAGAAAGGGCCUGGGAAGCUAUUACAGUGGUGAGGAUGCGUACAGUGGCCGGCGGAGGGAGAGAAGGGAUGUGGAUGAGGACCGGCGCAGUUUCAGGGAUUCUGACCGGAGGCGGCGGCAGCAGAGGGAGUACCAUGAUGACGAGGAUGAUCUUGACUUGAGGCAGCAGAGGCAGAGAUGGGAAGGGAGAGAUAAGAGGGAUUUUGACUUCGAUGAUGCAGUAGACACGAGGAGUGUUCAAACUAGAAGGUACCGUGGUGAUGGAAGGGAAUAUGACCAGAGAAGAGAAAGGAGAGACUUUGUCUCUGAUGAUAUGGUUGAUGUCAGGAGGGCUAGUCGGCGUGCUGAGGAUGUACGGAAAUCUGAUCGGAGAAAAGUGAGUAGGAAUUUUGAGAUUGAUGAUAAGGUUGAUGACUGGAGAGAAGGGAGGCGCUUUAGCAAUGAUGAUUACAGACAUGCUUCGCGGCACACGAGAAGUGAACAUGCUGAUGGAGAGGAUGUUUCACUCAUGAGAUCACAUCGUUGGAAUAACGAAGAGAUUGAUUAUGAUGAGCAAGACCUUGCUGAGCGCAGGUACUACUCUGGAGGGAGGUCUCAGAAGUCUGCUAGAGCAACUUCAUUCCAUGAGGAUGAUUCAAACAGGGCUUCAAGUUUGAGAAGCACAGUUGAGGCAAGACGUGCAAGGCAAGAGGAGAAUUCAUCCUCAAGGGUGAGGUUGCAUGACAAUGUAGACCGGCGAACUGAGCAGACAUAUGAAGAGAGAAACCGACGGCAUUCGGUAGGUCGGUCAAAUGAUGAGAGAGAGACAUAUGAUUAUGAUGAUGCACGGUUUGUCAGGAUAACAGAUGCUAGGACAGAUACGCAAGAUGUCAAGGUUAUAACUGAGGAUGAUACUAACUUGACAUCCAGUUCAAAGAACACAUCCAUUUUGAAACACAGUAGCAAUGUAGAUCAGCAAGCUACAGUACAUAAGGAUGAAUCAAGGAAGAGCUCGCAGAAGAUAAUGGAGAUAUCAGAAGUCCAAGAUUAUCAAACUGAACGUGGUUCAAGCUCACAGAAUUAUCAUCAGGAAGAUAGAGGAAACUAUAUUGAGAAUAGAUCUUCUGUUCAAAAUUCUGUGAAGAUGGCUAGCGACAGUAGAAGACAAGUUGAUCAGCACAAUGAGGUGAACCAGAACUUGGUCUCACUCACUGAAUCAAGUAAAAACUCAGAGAACCUCAUAAAUGUAACAACUGAUAGCAGUCACAAUGUCAGCAGGGCCUCUCACUCACAGAGAAAUUAUGAUGAAGUAAACCAGACGGAUAUUGAUGACAGAUCUACUUCCUUACAGAAUAUAAUUCACGUUACAAGAGAUAAGAAGAGGAUUGUGAACCAGCAAGUAAUACAUGAAACAGAUAUAGACGUACAGAAUAUUACACAUGUUGAUGUUUCGAAGAUUCGGGCGAGUGAUACUUCCACGUCUAGAAGUUCACAAAGUCACUCAGAAACUAAAUCAGACGUGAACUCCACUUCCAAUAUGAGUUUCAUUAAUAGCACAAGGAGCCAGGAAAAGGAAGUGUACCAAAAUAAGAUCUCUGCUAGUAAUACUGCCAUGGUUAGGGGUUCACAAAGUCAUUACGGUACUGGACUUUAUGAUCAGUUUCACUCAACGUCAUCUUCUAAUAUUGCUGACAACAGAAAGGCAAGUCAAGAACAAGUUGAACUUAAUAUUGCUAGUAAUGCUGUUGUAGCCAGCACUUCGGGCAGUCAUCUCCAAACCAGAGUUGAUGAUCAGUUUCAGUCGACUUCAGAUGUAAAUACAAUUGGCAUUAUGAAAGAACAAAUUGAUCCUGCUAAGAUCCAUUCUAGUGAUGCUACAGUUGUUAGCAGUUCACAAGGUCUUGUGACUAGAAAUGGCAAUCAAGUUUGUAGGACAUCAGCUGUACAUUGGCCAAGGGAGAAACAAGGAAACAAUGAUCAGCAGAUUACACAAGUUUCUAGUACAGAACGAAAUGGUGAACUAGGAAGCAAAUUUUCUGAAACCUCUCAUGAUUCAAGAGAUAGGAUGGUAAGAUCAGAAGAUACACAUGAGAACAUGGAUUUGAUCUGGCAGCAGGCAGACACCAGCGGGAUCUCUGAUGACAAAGACAUCACUGGUUUGCUGUUAGAGAGCACUGAACAGGGAUCAUCUAUGGUUACUGUGGAUGUGGCACAAGGAGAAGCGAUAAUGGGAAGAAAUGGACAAGAAGUAAGAACUGAAACUACUGCAGGAAUUAUUAUGCCAAGUGGUUCAAGUUCUGGGCAGUCUGUCAAGGAAAGCAUGCUAGAGUCAGCUGCUCGAUUAGAGAAAUCCUCUACCUUUCAUGUUGGAAGGUUUGUUGAUGAGCUUCAAAAGGGAGUCUCAGAUGCAGACACUACUUCAACAAAGAGACAUGAGAAAUCCAUAGUGGAAGGUACAACACGCUCUUCAUCAAGGUCUAGAAUGAAGGGACCAGCUGAUGAGAUGUGGGAUGUCCAUAGUACUACUUCUCAAGAGACCUUCAAGACGGCCAACAAGGAGGAAGGUUCAUCAGCUGAUGAGGCUACUAAUUCGGCCUCCCAGACACCCAAAAAUGAAUCUGCUCUUGCUAGAAAAGUUCACAGGUCACUCUGGGCUUAUGUUGCUGACAUAAUCCGUCUUGGAUGGAUUCAGCGUGGCGACUCUCAUGAUUCUAGUGACAAAUCAAUUAAAAAAAGUUCAUCCAGUAAUUCUCAGAGUACAGAGGGUUGGCUUUCUAGUCAGGAACGUGAUACUGACAGCACAAGAAAGAAAAAUAAAGCAAAAGAUCAGCAGUUGAUAAUGUCACACAGUGGAGAAUCAGAACCUGGAGUGGCUUCAAAGUCAAAGGAGGAAUAUUUUCACACUGAUACACAGGGUCUGCAAAUAUCAGAAACUGUUAUUGAACCUAAAGUACGUAGAUCUGAGGGAGACUUGUUGGCUAGAAGUUCUAAGGAUGAUCUACAUGUAUCAGAGGAGAGAAUAAAACAAUCUGAUGUGGGUGAAUCACCCGAAGGAAAUAUCAUAGAUGAUAGCACACCAACUUUGAUAGAUGUCACAAAAGGACAUUUACCAGAACAUAAAACUGCUACUUCAUCUAGGAUCACAACAAAGGGUUCUGGUGAGUUUAAUACUGGUAAAGGAAUGUUGGCUGACAACUCUUCUGUGAACAUAAGUGCAAUGGAAGCUGGUCGCAGUGGUGAUGGAGCUGAUUGGAUAUAUGAUCCUUCAAGUGCUAUAACUCCUUAUCGUCACCCUCAAACGCAAGCAGUAGUGCCACAUGAAAGUACCUCAACUAGCAUCCAUGAACCACCAGCAUUACCUGUGGGAGGUAUAAGGUUUGAAGAGAAGAAUGUUGUGCAAGAGGCUCCGGAAAUUAUUAAAACAGGGGGGAAAGACACGGAAUUGAAGAGGAGGAAUUUUCAAAGAAAUAAACAGGUAUUGAAGGAGACAUUUGACGAAUGGGAGGAAGCGUACCAGCGUGAUGCUGAGCAGAGAAAGGCUGAUGAGUUAUUCAUGAGGGAAGCUUUACUUGAAGCCCAGAGAGCUGCAGAUAUUUGGGAGGUACCUGUUGGAGCAGUGCUAGUACAAAACGGUGAAAUUAUUGCUCGUGGCUGUAAUCUAGUUGAAGAUCUCAGGGAUUCAACUGCACAUGCUGAAAUUGUUUGUAUAAGAGAAGCUUCUAACAAACUCAAGACAUGGCGCUUGGCGGAUACAACACUUUACGUGACACUGGAACCUUGUGCCAUGUGUGCUGGAGCUAUUCUUCAAGCUAGAAUCGACACUGUAGUAUGGGGUGCCCCAAACAAGCUUCUUGGAGCCGAUGGCAGCUGGGUUAGGUUGUUCCCUGGGGAUGGACAAACAAGCACUCUGGAUUCAGCAAACCAGAGCCAGGCCGCGGGGCCUAUCCAUCCUUUCCAUCCAAAAAUAACCAUCAGACGUGGUGUGCUGUCGGCAGAGUGCUCGGAGAUAAUGCAACAGUUCUUCCAGCUAAGGCGGCGGAAGAAGCAGAAGGCGCAAUCGCCACCUCGCGCCCACCACCAGGGGCACCACCAUCCUGUCAAGUUCUUCAGCAAGAUGCACCACAUGUUUGGCACCAUCUUCUGUCUGUAGUAGCUUUGCCUCUCUUUUUUUCAGUUUUCCGAUUCUCCAUAUUACAAAAGUUUAGGGUUCAUGUAUUUCGUUCUGUGCGGUAAGUGGUUUCCACUGAGAGCUUGUGGGUAUCAGUUUGUGUUGUGAGAUAAGGAAACCAUCAUCAGCCGUUGUAUUUCCUUGUGCUAAUAAGGGCUGGAGCUGGUAUUCCAAUGUGCAGACACCAGGUGUGCUGGCUGCUGCACUUGUUGCAUUUUCUUGCUCACGUUUCCCCUGCAUGCCUGAUGGCUGAUGGUUGUCAGAUUCCGUUACGGAAUACGGUUGACGAAACAACGGGCGUAAUCCCCAAGGCCA